GAUACUACAGAUCAUCUCGUGCUUCUUAACACUCCCCAAACAUGAAUCUCAAAAUGGCUCUCCUUGCAGGCGUGUGUGGCACCAUUAUUGCGGCCGCGAACCCCGUUGCCAAGCGAGGUGACGCGCCCCCAGCAGAGACAGCUCCAUGGGCGGUUCUUCUCUUUUGCGACAUGGUGCCUGACCAGAACAUCCAGUCCAUCCAGCAGCUGGCUGACCGAGGAUUUUUCAUGGCAACGCGCAAUGGCUCACCUCUCGUGAACGACGGAUGUGAUGACAAUGCUGGCUGUCGAUGGAACUCUCCCGAGCUAGCUGGUGGCUUUAUUCAGGCGCAUCCGAACCCUUGGGACGGCAAAUGUGAGAUGUACUUCACUUAUAACGGGCAAGACUUUGGGAUGGAGGAUGGCUCGUGUGGGUACUACCCGGAUGGUAUUGGAGAAUGGGAGGGCGAGGGGAGGACGGCUGCUUGUUACUUCAACGCUUGAGUCACGCAGGCUGACGAACGGACAUCUUAUGAGCUUUUUUCACGUUUGG